AUGGGGAUUCAUCUAUUUUAAGGGUUGACAGGGUAGCCUACAUUUCUACACCCAGUCUAUAACGAAGAAGCAAGUGUUUAAAAGGCUCCGAAGAAACAACUAACCUGGAUUUGCGACAGCAUUAGAAUCCUUCGAUGAGAGACAUAAAGAAGACAGAUAAGACAAUGGAAAUGUGUUGCAAGGCGCUGACGGGACCACGGGACAAAAUUAUACUACUCAUCUUUUAUCUUCAUCUGUGGAACAAGCCUAUGGCUGAAGCAAUUCAUCCGGACUGCGCCAUCAUCUCCCAACACCUGAGGGCUCGGGAGGUUUGCAGCCAGACGAGGAGGAGCGAAGCACAGAACCAGACCGACCAAAGCGGAUGUAACACAGAGUGGGACGAGAUCGGCUGCUGGCCGAGAGCUGAGGUCGGGCAGGUAGUCAACGUGUCGUGCUCUGAGGUUUUCCAACAUUUUUCCAGCAGCCAAGGGUAUGUUUUCAGGAACUGUACGGAGGACGGCUGGUCAGAAAUGUAUCCACCCUACAACGAUGCGUGUGCUUUCAGUGACGACAGCGAACCUGAAACUGAGACAACUUACCUCUCUACGUUCAGACGUGUUUACACAGUGGGCUACGCCACCUCACUCGUCUCCCUCAUCACAGCCAUAGUGGUGUUCACAGCCUUCAGGAAGUUUCGCUGCACCAGGAACUACAUCCACGUCAACCUGUUCUCCUCCUUCGUCCUGAGAGCCAGCGCUGUUUUCAUUAAAGACACUGUGCUGUUUGCCGAUGAGACCCUGGACCACUGCUCUGUGUCCACGACAGCGUGCAAGUCAGCCGUGGCUUUCUUCCAGUUCAGUAUCCUCGCCAAUUACUUCUGGUUGUUGGUGGAGGGCAUGUAUCUCCAGACCUUGCUGGCACUGACUUUCGUCUCUCAGAGGAAGUACUUCUGGUGGUACAUCCUGAUUGGAUGGGGGGUGCCUUCAACAGUUCUGAUACUCUGGGUGUUGACCAGAUUCUUCUAUGAUGACAGAGGGUGCUGGGACGACACAGACAAUGUUGGUAUUUGGUGGAUAAUUAAAGGACCAAUUACAGCGUCGCUGCUGAUCAACAUAGUCAUCUUCAUCAACGUGAUCCGGAUCCUGGUCCAAAAGCUUAAAUCUUCAGCAAUGGUCGGAAACAAUGAGACCGGACACUUUAUGAGGCUGGCUAAAUCCACGCUGUUCCUCAUCCCUCUGUUUGGGAUGCACUACACAGUUUUUGCCUUCCUGCCAGAAAACACUGGAGUGGCAGCCAGACUUUACAUCGAGCUGGGUCUGGGGUCCUUUCAGGGUUUUGUGGUGGCACUUCUUUACUGUUUCAUGAAUGGAGAGGUCCAGACGGAGCUGCGGCGAUGGCUGAGAAAAUGUCACAAUAAAAAUCAUCUCACCCCAGCCAAGCGGAGUAUCACUCAGAUCUCAGUUCGAUCCCGCGGGGGGCUCGGGCGUCAUCUUUCCAGCGGCAACAUCUCUUCAGUAUGAUUUCUAACAGACCAUCCAUCCAUGAGAGACUGGUUGUUGUGAGAAUGUCAUGCAAACUAUCAUAGGCUGUCCUUGCCCUGCUGAUGACAUUCAUUCAACAACACCUCUGUGAGAGGAACGUAAUGAUCACUAAUGAGUGAUUGAGGAGAUGCUGCGUCGCGAUGCAUUACUCCAGUGUCAGCAGCAGCUACCACCAUGAAAGCACUUAUGCAUUUGUGAGCUUAAUCACAUUGUUUAUGGGGGUUGCAACCAAUACAGUAGUACAAAUUAAAGUAACCCUGGAGCUUGAUUUGCCAGGAUGACACGGUGACAGAGCUGGUCGUGUAGGAUGAUUUCACAUGUUUGUGUUUACAGAUUGUAGUACAAAAAGGAGCAAAUGUCGAGGGAUUAUGUAGAGACAGCUGAGAAAACAAUGAAUAUUUAAAUGUGGUUUAAUAAUGUGAAAUGAGCUUGACUUCUCUAGCAGUUUUCAUGC